CACUCAAAUCCAAAGUAAUCUGUUUGUUUAGUAGUAAUAUACAAUCUUUCCAUUCUUUGAGAUCUUUGAUUAGGAUGGCUUCUUUCAUCAACUGCUUUAUCUUGGCCUUAUUUAUGGCUCUCACAUUUUCAGGCGUGGAUGUCAGCAUGGCAGCUCGUCAUCUCCUGCAGCAGUUGCCACAACCACAAUUGCCACCAUUGCCGACUCUGCCCACUGGGCUGCCGCCAUUGCCAUCAAUCCCAACACUACCACAACAGCCCACAAUCCCGACCAUACCCAUAAACCAGCCAGCUCUGCCACAGCCCACCAUUCCCACAAUCCCCACUAACCAACCAUCUCUGCCUAUGCCUUCCCUGCCCAAGCCUGGUGCUCUGCCUCCACUUCCCAGCAUCCCCUCAUCGCUGCCUACCCUUCCCAAAGUCACUCUACCACCACUGCCCUCCAUCCCUUCUAUCCCUCUCCUCUCCCCACCACCUGCGAAUUAAUUGAAAAACUGUCCUUGAAAAUGUUGUCUUCAAUCUGUCCCCUCUAUGUGUACACAUUGUCUGGAGUAUACUGGUUUUGAUGUCUAAGUUCAUUUUCCAUUGCAUGCGUGAUUGUUUGCACAAAUUGGAAUCUAUAUGGUUCAGUGUAAUAUUUGAGACU